AUGAAUAAAUUAAAUAAAACUAUUCAUAAAGCUAUUGUUAUUAAUAGUUCAAUUAUUAGAAAUAAUAAUUUACGUAGAUGUUUUACAACUUCUUUGUUUACAUCCAAUAAAAAUAAUAUUUAUAUCACAACACCAAAACUUUACAAAACAUUUUUAAAUAAUAAUAAUGAUAAUAAUAUAAAUAUAAAUAAAAAACAUUUUACAACAUCAAAAGAUAAUAAUAAUGAUAAAUAUUCAAAUAUGCUUAAAGAAGCUGCAAAAUUUAUUUUUAAUUUCAAAUUAAACGAUGCAUUAAAAAUAAUAAAUGAAAUGAUUGAAAUGGAACCAAACAAUCCUGUUGGAUAUCAAACCCGUGGAGAAGUUUAUGUUAUUCAAAAGAAAGGAGAUCUAGCAAUUAAUGAUUUCGAAAAAAUUUUAGAACUCACACAACCACCAAGUGAUACUACAACAGAAGAUAACAAUGACCACAGAGAUAGAGCUUACCACUUUUUAGCAAUGAUCCAACGUGAAAAAGGAAAUUUAGAUAAGGCUAUUGAAUACACUGAUAAAGCAUUCAGUGAAGAUUGCAUCUCACUAGAUAACUUAAUAUUAAAAGCUGAACUUUUACAAACUAAAAAAGAAUAUUUAGCAGCAGCUCACAUUUAUGGAUUGGCAUUAUCUGAAGUCGAUAGAGAAAACAACAAUGACAUCUCGGCUCAAUUUUUAUGCUAUAGAUUAGCCGAAAAUAUUGUAGUAUGUUUAAAGCCAGUACUCGAAGAAAAUUUCCCAAAUGGUGGCGAGCUCUCUACAUAUUUGGAAGAAAUCCCAUCAAAUCAAAUAGAGUUCCUUAAAACUUAUGACAAUUCAUUCAAUUUCCUCACAGAGAAAUGCGGCAAAUUAAGAGAUUAUAUAGGUCAAAUCAUCAAAAACACAAAUUUACCAAGAAACUCAAAGGAUAGACAACAUCUCGAUCUCUUAAAGAGUAUUUUUACAGCAAUGACAACUUGUAGUGUUGAGGCUAUGAAUGUUAUGAAUAAUCCAAUGUAUCAAAAACCAAAUAAACUCAAUCCAUCAAUCAAGCUCAGCGACUUUAUUUUCGAAUUUUACAAAGAAAUUAUUUCAAAAUAUUUCAAAUAA